AAAGAGAACCACUCAUUUCAUGUAACACGAACGUCGACUGUUAGCGGCAUACCUACGAUAUUUUCUAUUUUUAUCCACGCCAAGAGAUCACGAUACAAAACAUUUAUGCAGUCCGACGACGAGGAUACUUCGUUGCAUUCAUGCUUCAACUCUUUAAAAACAGCCGUAAUGGGUUGUUGCUAUAGCAUUUGCCACAAAGACAACGACCCACAGGAGAACGUUAUAAACGAAAGGACACAUCUACUAGAAGUAACGGAGCAGCAACAGGAGACGCUGGUACCUGUGGUAUCAGCGUCCACACCACCGAGGAAACCAGACGAACAGACUGCUUUGAAUAGGAUACUUCAUGAGACUGCAAAUAAUGUGAUCGACGUGGGCGCGCUGGGCCCGUACACACUGGAGGCCAGCGCGUACAGCGAGCGGGUACGCGUGUACACGGCGCGGGUGGCGGCCGUGAGCGUGGCGGCCCCCCGCCCCGCGCCGCGGCUCCUCGCUGACGUCACCCACGCCGAGCGAGUAGCCCUACUCAGCUGCCCCCCACUACCGGCCGCAGAUAAGGAGCUGAUAAGCGGCGCAGUGAGACGAGCUGCCGCCGCCAUAUCGGAGCUCAGGGUCGAGCACCGGGAGGACCUGGUGGUGCCCUUCCGGGUCCCCUAGGGCUGCGGCGGGGGCCGUCCCCCCACUCGGGAGCCUUUUAAUAAGGACUUUGUGAAUUAUAUCGGAAGCUUAUAAAUCCACGUGUUAAGAAUGUGAACUGACUGAUAUUGUUAUUGACAAAAUUAUUUUAAAUUGUUUUAUUUUCUCAUAAAUGAACCCACCUAGAUUUUGUAUUCGCGAAAAACGAUUAUAACUCCUUAACGUUUAGGUGCAGAAUCGGAUUUUGUUGUUUGAUCGCUUUCAUUGACGUUGCCGUCCGCUGUACAUCUAUUUUCCCACUAGAUAUUUGCGGCCUCAUUUAAAACUACAUUACCCGUCUCUCUUUCUCGAGUUAUUAAGUAAAUGCGAGUAAAGGAGAAGAGAUUUAAGUUCAAUCUUCCGAUUAAUAGUGCGAUUAUUGUUCCGACUGACAUUUCCCAUAGACAGUUAAUUAACUUUACCACAGACAAUAAUAUAUUUUUUCGGUACAUACAGACAAUUUAAUAAUUAAUAAUUGUAUCAAAGAGCGACCGUUGAUUUUGCAUGUAUUGAUAAUAAUUUUAAGACUUUUGUUAAUUAAAAUAAAUUAAUUCGACGUUGAUCGUAAUAAUUGGAAUUAAUAAAGUAGUAAUUAAUAAACCCUUUGUUUGAUGAGAUUUUGGUGUCCCCGGUAGGAUAUUUAAUAAUCGUUGUAAAAAAAAAACGAAUUUGUGUAUUAAAAAAAAAAGAAGUCAUUGCAAACGCUCCUUUGAGUUCUAUUAUUUAUUUUAUUACUAAUUAACUUUUAAAUCUAAUCAUUCAGACAGCUUUUAUUCAACUAAGCGUCCACUGUGUAUCCAGUUUCAUCCCAGCGAAGAAUCGAUGAUAAAGUUAAUGUUUAAUCUUUUAAAUAUAUACAUAUACGUGUGUCAGGUUCAGGCCUUAUGUUCGUCAGCCUGAUAUGUCAAAAAACAAUUAUCUCCUACUAAAUCACUUAGGAAUUUUUCAAAUCAGUAUCCACAUAAACAUGACAUGACUAAUUAGGGGAAUCUAUAUAACUCAUAACUAAUACAAUUUUUGACACAGAACAAUUGGAAUAUUUCUUUCGUUUCUGGAACCAGAUGUAUUUUGUAAAGAAUUUCUUAUCAAAAGUGACACAUUUUUAACAUUUGCAAAAGAUUUGAUCAGAUGUUAAUUCUCAUUUUUAUUUAAAAAGCAUGAUACGAUAAUGUUAUAAUUAAUUCAAUUGUAAGCACAAUUAUAUUAGUAUGUUAUGUGUGAUUAAUUACAGCACCUACGUGUAUGUUAAUUUUUGAAUUGCAAUUAAGAUUAUUAUUAACGAUAUUUUUUUGCAUAUAUAAUAAUAUAUUUUCAUUAAUUCGAGUCACUUUUUAAGUUUAUUCCGAGUAAACUUUUGAUUUGUCCGUAUCAUAAUGUUCUAGAACAAUUGAUUUGUUAAUGCAAUUAGUUUUUCCUGUAAAAUAAACAUUGUAACUUUUGCAUUGAAUAUUUGUAUCAAAUUAAUAUUAUUUAAAUGUGAUUUUUCAUAAUUUUGUUCGUUUCUCUUGUGUUCGACUACGGUCAGUGAGGCCUAAUCAAAGUCAGGGGGCGCCGUGGACGUGGCACCCCGACCUAACUGUUUCUGCCACAAAGCAGACAAACAUUCCGGUUUGAAGGGUGGGACACUAGUUGUAUUGAGACUUUAGACCUCAUGCCAUAAGCUGAACUUUGUCUAUAGGCCCUGGAACGGCUACUUAAGUUAUAUAAUGUGGGUAUUAAAAAAAACCGUAAAU